AUGGCCGCUUCUCACCUCGCCGUGCUCUCCGUGCUCGCCCUCCUCGCCGUGGCCGCCACGGCGCAGGCGCCCAGCGGCGCUCCCGCCGCGGCACCCCAGGCGGCCCCGCCGACCCCGGCCACCCCGCCGCCGGCCCCCGCGCCCGUUGCCCCGCCCACGGCGACCCCGGCCCCGGCCCCCACGGUCGACGCGCCCACGCCGUCCGCGGCCGCGCCGGCGCCCGAGGCCCCCAUGUCCUCCCCUCCGGCGCCCAGCCCAGACGCUGCGUCCCCCUCGCCCUCCGCCGAGCCCAGCACCCCCGCCGGCGGCGCCGCCGCUAGGCAGUUUCAGAACAACAAGAGAGGCUAG